AUGGACAUCCCCGCCAUCAAUAAUAAGGCGAGAAAGAGAUGCAUCUCUGGCGGCGACGCGUCGAUGCUGCCAGCGCCUAAGAGACAUGGAGCCGAAGGCGAUGCAGUGGAUGCCCUCAGCCGCACAACCUCAUUCUCUUAUAGCAAGCUGAGACACGAGGAUUAUACCAUUGGCUGGGUCGCUGCUCUCCCUAUCGAGCUCGCCGCAGCCUCAGCGAUGCUCGACAACAAGCACCCGCCUCUUCCCACCCUGGAAGGCGACCGUAAUUACUAUAGGUACGGAAAUAUUGGAGCUCACAAUAUCGUUAUUGCUUGUUUGCCAUCAGGCCACUACGGCACAAAUAAUGCGGCAGUGGUCGCGAACAACAUGGCUAGAUCCUUUCCUUGCAUCUCGAUUAGGCUCAUGGUCGGCAUCGGGGGCGGUGUUCCCAAGUCGGAUGUUCGUCUUGGUGACGUGGUCGUCGGCCAUGAUGUACUUCAGUACGACUUUGGUAAGACUGUUCAUGGAGGCGAAUUCACUUGCACAAGCCACCCUGUCAGACCUCCACACCAAAUCUUAACAGCCCUCUCCAACCUCCGAGCAGAGCACGAGCAGAGCCCGACACAGACGCCUUCCAUUCUUGCGGAUAUGCUGUACCGGAACCAAGACAUGAUAAACUACAGCUACCCUAGCCAAUGCCAGGAUCGAUUAUUUGAUACAGCUUAUAGGCACAGCGACGAAACGGAGGACUGUGACCAGUGUGAUCAAUCUAAGCUUAUAUGUCGACCUUCGCGGCCAGGUAACGAGGUCCGUAUUCACUACGGGACGAUAGCCUCAGGUAACCAGGUAGUGAAGGAUGCUGCAUUAAGGGACAGCUGGGCUAGCCGAAAUAAUAUCCUCUGCUUCGAAAUGGAAGCAGCAGGGCUCAUCGACCAUUUCCCAUGCUUGGUUAUCCGGGGGAUUUGCGACUACUGUGAUUCGCACAAGAAUAAAACCUGGCAGCAGUAUGCCGCGGCAACAGCAGCGGCAUAUGCAAAAGAACUUCUCCAAUCAAUCCACCCUGCUUCGGAGCUGAUAUCUCGGGCGAUCGCGCUUGAUAACCAUGAUUCAACCACCCCAGAGCUUCAGCAAGACUCACCAUCGGACUCUAUCAAAAUUUCUCGAAAGGAAAAGAUGGAGUCACUGAGGUUCGAGCAUAUAGAUAACCGACGGAUGAACAUCAAGAGGGCACAUUUGAAAACCUGCAAAUGGAUGCUGGAGAAGGAAGAAUAUCUUGACUGGUUGGACGAAAGGAAAAUUCGCGAACACGGCGGCUUCCUGUGGAUUAAAGGCAAGCCAGGAGCUGGAAAGUCGACAAUGAUGAAGUUCAUCUCCGAUGCAUCACAAAAGAAGAGAGCCCAUCCCACAACUCUUGAUUUCUUUUUCAACGCUCGCGGUCACGACCUGGAGAAAUCAACAACCGGACUGUAUCAGUCUAUCCUAUUUCAGCUGCUUACAAAAAUUCCUUCACUCCAGGAUAUUCUGGACUGUUCGAGGCUGUUUGCUAACGGGACGCCUCGUCAAUGGACGAACGAUUUAAUGAAAGAAUUGAUCGAGCGGGCAAUCGAAAAGCUUACGUCCACUGUGGUCUGCUAUAUUGAUGCCCUUGAUGAAUGUCAUGAUGACCAGAUACGGGACAUGAUCAGCUUUUUUGAACGCCUCGGCCAGCUAGCAAUAUCUACCGGAGUUGGAUUUUAUGUAUGUUUCUCAAGUCGCCACUACCCUCAUAUCUCUAUGAGAGAAGGCCUAGGACUGGAAAUUACACUCGAAAAGCAGCAGCACCACGGUGACGAUAUUCGCCAAUAUAUCGACAGUAAGUUGGCAAUUGGACAUGGUAAGGUCGCCCACGAAAUUAAGAGCGAGCUGCAAGAGAAAGCAUCAGGGGUGUUCAUGUGGGCUGUGCUUGUCGUCGAAAUUCUCAACAAGGAACGAGACAAUGGGCGUAAGCACAAACUACGUCAAAAGCUGCGGGAAAUACCGAAAGACUUGCACGAACUUUUUCGGAGCAUCUUAACUCAAGAUCACAACAACAGAGAGGAAUUGCUUCUUUGUUUUCAAUGGAUUUUGUUCUCGAAACGACCGCUGACACUGCUCGAACUUCAUGUUGCAAUCCUUUCUCAAACUGAUGAUCCUACUCAAUUGGAUCCUGAAGACUUGACCGAGGCUGAUUCUAAAAUUUUUCUGGUGGCAUGUUCUAAGGGGCUCGCCGAAGUGGCAAACUCCAAGAGUCCAACAGUUCAGCUUAUCCAUGAGUCGGUCAAAGACUUUCUUCUCAAAGAAAACGGGCUGCGAAGUUUAUUCAACGAUUUGAACGACAAUCUCUCAGGACAGAGUCACAUUCAGCUUAGAGAUUGCUGCAAUCUUUACAUCAACAAGGACAUGGGCUUGCGGUAUGACUCCUAUCGGGUUGGAGAAGAAUUGAAUCUGGAAAACCUGAACAAAGCAUUCCCGUUUUUGGAAUAUGCCAUGAAUAGCCUCCUGUUUCAUGCGGAUGCAGCAGGAUCAUGUGGAAUUCACCAAAGUAAUUUUUUGCACAACUUCCAUCGCCACACGUGGAUUCAGCUCCAUAAUGGAUUUGAAAAAUUCCGAUCGCGACGCUAUGACCUUGGGACAGACCUUCUCUACAUUCUAGCUGAAGCCAAUGCGCCAUCACUUGUUGAAGAAUGCACUUCACCUGAAUAUUGCCUCCAAGUGGGGGUUGGGCGUUAUGGUUGUCCCUUGUUGGCUGCAAUGGUCCACGGACAUCGGAGAGUGGUAGAAGUAUUUCGACAUAAUAUUGUUAAUACUCUCCCCGUGGACAAUCUCGCCGGAAACGAGGAACACGAUUGUGAGGGUAACACCAACGUGUCGAAGCUGAGCCGCGAUUUUACCUUCACGUCAUCGGGUAGAUCUCUCAUAUCAUUCCUUGCCGAAUAUGGCGACCUGGACCUCUUUCUUACUCUUUACCACAGGCGAGAUCGUCUCCAGUUGCCGUCGGGAGCGCCAAAAUCUGACUCUUUUCAUGGAGAAUCUGCUUUUCACUGUGCUGUACGAAAUUCCCACUGGCAAAUUGCAAAGAUUUUGGUAACGGGGGAUCAAAUGGAGGAUCAAAUUGACUUCAGGAUUCGAGAUACCCAGGGCCGUGUCCUUGUGCGUAAUGUUAUUAGUGAAGGCGGACCAGAAGUUGUAGAUCGCCUACUAGCUACUGGCCAAGUUGGAAGUCGCCUGUUGUUUUCACUUGCUGCAUCACAUGGUAAACUUCAAUUUGUACAGGCCGCGCUAGAAGCCAACGGGGUCAAUCCUGAUUUGAAGGAUGUCUAUGGCGAAACGCCGCUUUCAAACGCAGCUAACGAGGGCCGUUACGAAAUUGUACAAGCUCUUCUAGCAUCUGGAAGGGUUUGCACUGAAUCCAAAAACGAGCUUGGUCGGACUCCCUUAUCACAUGCGGCCAGAACUGGUCAAGUAGAAGUUGUGAAGAUUUUACUCGCGACAGCACAGAUUUGCCCGGAUUCUAAAGACAAUUCCGGCAUGACACCCUUAUCAUGUGCGGCCUCAUUUGGUCACCUGGAAAUUGUCAAGAUUCUUCUAGCAACCGGACAGGUUUCCCCGGACUCCAAGGAUAAUUCCGGCCGGACCCCCUUAUCAUGUGCGGCCUCAUUUGGUCACCUGGAAAUUGUGCAGCUUCUUCUCGCGACAGGACAGGUUUCCCCGGACUCCAAGGAUAAUUCCGGCCGGACCCCCUUAUCAUGUGCGGCCUUAUUUGGUCACCUGGAAAUUGUGCAGCUUCUUCUCGCGACAGGACAGGUUUGCCCGGAUUCUAAAGACAAAUUCGGCCAAACCCCCUUAUCACAUGCGGCCUCAUUUGGUCACCUGGAAGUUGACAAGAUUCUUCUAGCAACCGGUCAGGUCAAUCCUAAUUCAAAAAAUAUUACGGGUUUUUCUCCGCUGUACACUGCAAUCAAGAACCAGCAUGCGCAUAUAGUUUCUUUCCUCUUGGAAAUAGAUCAGGUCGAACCGAAUUCAAGACAUGAAAUGGGCUGCACUCCACUUAUGGUGGCUGCGACGGGGCGAUCUAUGAACGAAAUACAGGUGUUGAGAGCUUUACUCGGAUCAGCUCGGGUUGACCGUAAUGCGCAAAGAGAUGAUGGUGAGACUGCACUCUCCCUAGCUAGAAGAUUCGGGAAUGGAGAGGCUUUUGAGGAAAUUUGUCGGGAACUUUCGAGGUAG